CUGGUGUUUUUUGUUGGGAGAUGUUUGGGAUCCAGGACAGCCUGCCUCGCGGCGCCGCGGCCGGGCUGAAGGAGGAGCCGCUGGCCGUCCGCUCCUGGAUGCACUCGGCCGGCGUGGUGGACGCCAACACCGCCGCUCAGAGCGGGGUGGGGUUAGCUCGAGCUCACUUUGAGAAGCAGCCGCCGUCCAACCUGAGGAAAUCCAACUUCUUCCACUUCGUUCUGGCGCUGUACGACCGGCAGGGGCAGCCCGUCGAGAUCGAACGCACCACAUAUGUCGACUUUGUGGAGAAAGAAAAGGAGCCAAGCGGAGAGAAAACCAACAACGGGAUACAUUACAAGCUGCAGCUACUUUACAGCAACGGUGUCCGAACGGAGCAAGACCUCUACGUCCGACUCAUCGACUCCAUGACCAAACAGGCCAUCAUCUACGAGGGCCAGGACAAGAACCCUGAGAUGUGCCGAGUCCUGCUCACUCAUGAGAUCAUGUGCAGCCGAUGCUGUGACAAGAAGAGCUGUGGAAACAGGAACGAGACGCCAUCAGACCCGGUCAUCAUUGACAGGUUCUUUCUGAAGUUCUUCCUGAAGUGUAACCAGAACUGUCUGAAGAACGCAGGGAACCCUCGGGACAUGAGGCGGUUCCAGGUGGUGGUUUCUACAACCGUCAACGUAGACGGCCAUGUCCUCGCUGUAUCAGACAACAUGUUCGUCCAUAACAACUCCAAACAUGGCCGCCGAGCUCGAAGAUUGGAUCCAUCUGAGGCAGCCACUCCCUGUAUAAAAGCCAUCAGUCCCAGUGAGGGCUGGACGACGGGCGGCGCCACCGUCAUUCUCAUCGGAGACAACUUCUUCGAUGGACUCCAGGUUGUCUUUGGGACCAUGCUGGUGUGGAGCGAGCUGAUCACGCCCCACGCCAUCCGGGUCCAGACUCCGCCCCGUCACAUCCCCGGGGUCGUUGAGGUCACGCUGUCCUACAAGUCCAAACAGUUCUGCAAAGGAGCGCCGGGACGCUUUGUCUACACUGCGCUCAAUGAGCCAACCAUCGACUAUGGCUUCCAGAGGUUACAGAAGGUCAUCCCCCGUCACCCUGGAGACCCUGAGAGGCUACCCAAGGAAGUGCUGCUGAAGCGAGCCGCUGACCUGGUGGAGGCGCUCUAUGGCAUGCCGCACAACAACCAGGAGAUCAUCCUGAAGCGAGCGGCGGACAUCGCCGAGGCGCUCUACAGCGUUCCCAGGAACCACAACCAGAUCCCGUCGCUAGGGAACUCCACCUCCCACGGCAUGAUGGGAGUCAACUCCUUUGGCGGCCAGCUGGCCAUCAACGUCUCCGAGACGGGUCAAGUGGGCUACAAUCGGAACACCAGCAGCGUGUCGCCGCGGGGAUACGUCCCAAGCUCCACCCCCCAGCAGAGUAACUAUGGCAACACCGUCAGCAGCAGCAUGAACGGCUACGGAAAUGCCAGCAUGCCGAACCUCGGAGUGGCGACGUCUCCGGGUUUCCUGAACGGAUCGUCAGCCAACUCGCCCUACGGCAUUGUCCCGUCCAGUCCCAGCAUGGCCGUGUCCAACUGUAACUCGUCUCACGGAGUUUUCUCCUUCUCGGCUGCCGUCAAACAGAAGAGCGCCUUCGCUCCGGUGGUGCGGCCUUCGGCUUCGCCUCCGCCUCCGCCCAACUGCUCCGGCGGGAACGCCAACGGACUGCAAGCCAUGUCAGGACUCGUCGUUCCUCCGAUGUAGAUCCUUCCUCACCCUCAGCCUCGAGCAGCAAUCACCACAGAGGGGGAGGGGCCAGUAGUCCCUGGAGGCGGAGCAUCAGGCAGCUGCUGACCAAUCAAAGACCUGAUCCUGUUCUGAUUGGAUAAAGACCAUAAAAAAGACUUUUAGUGCCGCAUUUCUCUGCAGGUGCUUCAACCUUCUGUUCCACUCUGAUGUCUAGUCUGUUAAUCUACACCUCUGAUGUCACACCUGGGAUGUGACAUCACUUCUUGUACCUGGGUGGGCUUGGUAAUUUUUUUUUAAAUGACAGAUUAAAGGUAACGUCUGCAGUUUUUAUCUGAUAUUAGCAGGUGUUCGCUGUGUGAUGACACAGAGACCUGUGGAUACACCUGGGUGGAGGUGAUGC